GGAGACUGUGGAACCCAAUAAUUCACGGCUCACUUUUCCCUGAUUCAUGUCACGAUCGUGAUCGUAGUUAUAACGUCUCUAUCCAGCAGAUGCAUCCGACGGCCAUAACUUUGUUUUCAGAUGUAUAUAUUUUCAGAGUGGUAUUUUGCAGGGAUUGAGAUUAUUAGAGAGAGAGGGAGAGAGAGUGUGUGUGUGAGAGAGAGAGAGAGAGGCUGAUUUGGAGAAAAUGUACGGAUCGUUGGGUCUUCUUUGGACACCUGUUAUUGGGUGUUUAACACCCUUCACCAGCAAAGAUUCUGCGACGGCCUCAAACCAUAAACAGUACCUUUCCACGCAGAAGACAAUUGGAGCUUUCAGUGGGUCUCGAAUUUUGCUUGGGCAUCGCAAAUUACUUUCUUCCUCAAAAAUCUCAACAUAUUGGAGGGCGGGCCUCAGUUCCACAACCUCGGCUAUCUUGACUGAUGACAACUCAACAAUGACAACCUCUGAAGAUGAUACUGAAAAUAUUGGUCUCCUGGGCACAGAUCCUGGUUUGGAACCAUUUAUAGAUCACUUCAGAUACAGAGUGAAAAGAUAUGUGGAUCAGAAAAAGUUCAUCGAGAAAUAUGAAGGAAGCCUUGAGGAAUUUGCACUAGGUUAUUUGAAAUUUGGUUUUAAUAGAGAAGAAGGUGGCAUAGUGUAUCGUGAGUGGGCCCCUGCUGCUCAGGAAGCACAAGUUAUUGGGGAUUUCAAUGAAUGGAAUGGUUCGAACCACGUGAUGGAAAAGAAUGAAUUUGGAGUUUGGAGUAUCAAGAUUCCUGAUUCUGGUGGGAAUCCAGCUAUUCCUCACAAUUCUAGAGUCAAGUUUCGAUUCAAGCACGGUGAUGGAGUUUGGGUUGAUCGAAUCCCAGCGUGGAUAAAGUAUGCUACUGUGGACCCUGCAAAAUUUGCUGCACCAUAUGAUGGUGUUUACUGGGAUCCACCGUCCUCAGAAAGGUACCAAUUUAAAUUUCCUCGUCCUCCAAAGCCCGAGGCCCCACGGAUAUAUGAAGCUCAUGUUGGGAUGAGCAGCUCAGAACCCCGUAUUAAUUCAUACAGAGAGUUUGCCGAUGAUGUCUUGCCUCGUAUUCGAGCAAAUAACUAUAACACAGUCCAGUUGAUGGCCAUAAUGGAGCAUUCCUACUAUGGGUCAUUUGGGUAUCAUGUUACAAACUUCUUUGCUGUCAGCAAUAGAUCUGGAACCCCUGAGGACCUCAAGUAUUUGAUUGAUAAAGCCCAUAGCUUAGGUUUACAGGUUUUGAUGGAUGCUGUUCACAGCCAUGCAGGUAAUAAUAGUAUGGAUGGCCUUAAUGGCUUUGAUGUUGGCCAGAGCUCACAAGAUUCUUACUUCCACACUGGAGAACGGGGCUACCAUAACUUAUGGGAUAGCAGACUGUUUAACUAUGCUAAUUGGGAAGUUCUCCGUUUUCUUCUAUCUAACCUGAGGUGGUGGCUAGAGGAGUACAAGUUUGAUGGCUUUCGAUUUGAUGGAGUAACAUCCAUGUUGUAUCAUCACCAUGGAAUCGACAUGGCAUUCACGGGCAAUUAUAAUGAGUAUUUUAGUGAGGAAACAGAUGUUGAUGCCGUUGUUUAUUUGAUGAUGGCCAAUUGCUUGAUUCGUAAUAUCUUGCCAGAUGCAACUGUAAUAGCAGAAGAUGUUUCUGGUAUGCCUGGACUUGGUCGGCCAGUCUCUGAGGGGGGAAUUGGCUUUGAUUACCGCCUGGCAAUGGCUAUUCCUGACAAGUGGAUUGAUUACGUAAAGAACAAGACAGAUGAUGAGUGGUCAAUGCAGGAAAUAUCAUGGAGUUUAACGAAUAGGAGAUACAGCGAGAAGUGUAUAGCUUAUGCUGAGAGUCAUGACCAGGCCAUUGUGGGUGACAAAACUAUUGCAUUUCUUCUGAUGGAUGUAGAAAUGUAUUCUGGCAUGUCUUGUUUGGUGGAUGCCUCUCCCACUAUUGAACGAGGGAUUGCACUUCAUAAGAUGAUUCAUUUUAUAACAAUGGCAUUAGGAGGAGAGGGCUACCUUAACUUCAUGGGAAAUGAGUUUGGCCAUCCUGAUUGGAUUGACUUCCCAAGAGAAGGCAAUGAUUGGAGUUAUGGCAAAUGCAGGCGUCAAUGGGACCUGGUGGAUACAGAUCAUUUGAGAUUCAAGUUUAUGAAUGCUUUUGACAGAGCUAUGAAUUCUCUUGAUGAUAAAUAUUCGUUCCUCGCAUCUACAAAACUGAUUGUGAGCAGCUCAAAUGAAGAUGACAAGGUUAUUGUUUUUGAACGAGGUGAUCUAGUUUUUGUGUUCAACUUUCAUCCAGAGAAUACAUACGAUGGGUACAAAGUUGGGUGUGACCUGCCUGGAAAGUAUAGGGUUGCACUGGAUAGUGAUGCUUGGGAGUUUGGUGGACAUGGAAGAGUGGGCCAUGAUGCAGAUCAUUUCACAUCCCCUGAAGGAAUACCUGGAGUUCCUGAAACAAAUUUUAACAACCGUCCCAAUUCCUUAAAAGUACUCUCACCGCCGCGCACUUGUGUGGUUUAUUAUAGAGUUGAAGAAAUGGUGGAAGAAAGCAAUGAUAGUGAAACAUUGAGUGUAAAUGAGACAGUUGAGGCAAAAAAUGUUGUAGAUAGCGACAAGAGACUCAGUGAAGAAUCAGCUCCUGAUGAAGAUGUUGAUGCCAAUCCAAGUGAGGUAGGAGAUUUAGAAAUGGAAAAGAUUGGAGAAGGCACAUCAGAUGAUUGAUAAUGAUCUUUCGCUUCAUGAAUUCAAUAAAAUAUUUAGUCCACAUGUAUGUACAUGUAUCGGUGUGAGUUACUAAAGUUAAAAAGACCUAUCACAGGAUCUUUUGUUUGUAAAAUUUCCCUGAUGACAAAUACUGGGCCUUUGUAAUAAUUUGUACAUAAUAAUAAAAAUAUGUCCCACUGUCAGAUAAUUGUUGCAGAUGGAUUCAA